AUGGUUUUAUCCUGGGACUCCUAUUCGUACAGAUUCGUCGCACUAACGGAGCGAAUAUUAAGAGUUAAGGAAAGAGAUUCGUCUCGACUCCAUGGUUUCAUUUUCGUUACGGUUUUGAAUCGUCUAUAUAUUUUCCUUAACGUCGUUUAUAUUAUAUCGUUUCUUUUGAUCCGGUUUUCCGGCUUCUACAAUUGGGAGUUUGGGGGAGGAGGUGGAGGAGUCUGCGGUGGGGGCGGUGGUGGUUGGAAAUUUAGAGGAGGAGAAGGAAGUGGUGGUGUGUUUCGAGGACUCACAGGUGGAGUCUGUGGUGGUGUGGUUGGCGGAGUUUGGGGUGGACUUUGUGGCGGCGUCUGUGGUGGUGUAAUCGGAAGAGGCACUGAGGGUGGUUGGGAGUUUGGGGGAGGAGACGGAGGAGUCUGCGGUGGGGGCGAUGGUGGUUGGAAAUUUAGAGGAGGAGAAGGAAGCGGUGGUGUGUUUGGAGGACUCACUGGUGGAGUCUGUGGUGGUGUGGUUGGCUGA